AUGUCAUUCUCUGCGGCCAUGGCAACCGGAGGCUCGCUGGGAAGUCGAGUCUCCUCACCUCAUCUCCCAUUUUCCACAGGUUUCGCGAGAUUUACACAGGCGGGUUGGUGUGUGGCAGCAUUUCUCUGCCGGACGAACUGAACUAUACUGAUAUGAAAUCUGCGUAAAGUAGCCUUUUGAAUUUCUGGAGGCAUGUCCAAGAAAAGGGGCAGGAAGCGGAGUAGCGGAGAGCUGAGUGACACCUUGACCCCAGACCCUAACACCAUUCUGGGAGUCCGCAUUCAGCAUAACUGGCGUGAGAAGGGGAACCAGAGCAAAUGGAAGGGAACUGUACUCGACAGGCUUAGCGUGAACCCUUCUCUUUUCAUGGUGAAGUAUGACGGCUUCGACUGCGUCUACGGCAUCGAGCUGUUCAAGGACGAGAGAGUGUCGAACCUGCAAGUCCUCUCGGAAAAAGUUGUGAACAACAAGAUCAAGAUACCUCCGGGUGUGGAGGAGCUGGUGGGCAAAGCGGUGGAGCAUCUAUUUGAAAAAGAGGAUGGAGAGAAGAAUGAGUGGAGAGGCAUGGUCCUCUCCAGAGCUCCAAUCAUGACCAACUGGUAUUAUAUCACUUAUGAAAAGGACCCCGUUCUUUAUAUGUACCAGCUGUGGGACGACUACGCUGACGGAGACCUCAGGAUUUUGCCUGAAGCAGAAAACAAGCACUUGUUGCCUGCCGACAGGAAGCCAGGAGAAGAGACGGAGAGUCUGGUGGGGAAACAAGUGGAGUAUGUUACUGACAAGGGUGUGAAGAGAACGGGCCUGGUCAUCUACCAGGUCCCAGCCAAGCCCUCUGUCUACUAUAUCAAAUAUGAUGAUGACUUUCAUAUUCAUGUCUAUGACCUGGUGAAAACCACCUAGAGAUAGUGGACACUUUAUCUCACUCUCCAGCCUCCGUCCAUCUGCUUCUGUUCCACUCAUUGUUAUAAUCCUGCUAUUCAAAGCCAUGGCAGGGUUGAAUAGUUAAUAUGCUUUAUCGUUCGGAAGAAAGUGCAAUCUGUUUUUCAUAUGCACAGCAGAACUGUAGCACCGCUAUGCUUGGCUAUUUCGAGGAGAGGGAGUUGAUUUGUUUUAUUGUUGCUGCUCUACUUCAUGCUUUAAGUUUGGACAGGCCAAGAUUGCACUGCCCAACAGCUGCAAAGUGUAGUUGUUACUGCAUUGUUGUUCCUGAGAUAUUCACUGAUCUGUCCUUAAAGUAAUUCUCUUAAUUAAAUCCCAAUGUGUACUUAAAAAAGAAAAAAAGGAAGAAAAAAAAAGAGCUGCUCAAAAUUUCAUUUUAAAGCCAUUUUUCUUUGGAUCAUCUAAAGUAGGCAUGACAUGCACAUUAAAUUUGGGAUAGAUGUCUUCCACUGAGGCAUUUAUUGAAACAAACAGGCAGAUAAAUACAUUUAUCUGCUUGUUUUAUCAAACAAUUUAGUGUUAGCGCUGGAAGGGACGAAUGGAAGCAGCAUUGUCGAGUCACCUGAAUGCCCUUAUAUUUCAAAAGCCUUCCAGAUGAGUCAAGCUCAUGUGGAAACAUACUUCUGCACCUUUGCACCAUGUUUAGCAUUGUAUGAGAUCAGAUCCUUUGUAGUGGUGAUGAAGAUGCAGUUUGCUAAAUUCUCAUUUCAAUUUGAUCCCACAAAAAUCAUAAAGUGCCUUCCGGCUUGUCAUUCCGCAAUAUUGUACAUACUCUCUCUCUCUCUUAGACUAUCUGCACCCGUAAUGAAUCAUUGCGUAUGAAGGCUGCUAUUUGGUUUUCAUUCAGAAGUGGUGACACUGACAGCUUGAGGAACGUUUUGUAACCAUCAGUUUAUAUUAGUGCUGUGUUUUGCUCUUAAUUGCAGUAUGAAAAUGUUCUUUAAGUAUAACACAUCUGCCUUGGUUGUAUAAUCUCACUGUUGAUAUUGUGGGGAGCACUUUAUUGUAUAAAGUUUACAUGUUUAGGUUAUGGUACGCUACAUAGUUUUCCCCGAAUUGCUUUUUUCCUUAAGAGCAAAUGUGGCAGAAUAAAUGCUUUAUAUCAAACGCAUGAAGAAAAAAUAACUUGUUGCAAUACAGAUGACAGUAUUUAAUAUGUACAACUUGUGUAAAAUGCCUUGUAAUGUUGCCCGUCGUGAUUACUCUCAUUUAUACGGAUAUCUCAUGAAAAACCACCAGCUUUUAGUGAAAUAUACAGAAAUUAUAAACCGAAUAUAUAACAGGUAUAAUCAACUGAGAAACCAGUUUGUUGACAGUAACUAACUUAUUCUGGUUCUAGUCUUUAUAACUUUGUCUUGCAAACAUGACACGUAUGCUUGCAUUAUGGUAUUGGUAUCUCAUCCUAACUUUGUCACCAUUUCCUAGUUGCUGAAUUGGUCUUGGCCUCCUUCAAGUCAUUCAGUGUAUCCCUCAGUAAACUAGUCAAUCAGUAAAUAUACAAAACUCUGCAUGCAUCAUCUGAACAGAGCGUCUGUCUGGAGAUUUCCAAACCUUUUUUUUGACAGUAGAGAAGUGACGGUGUGUGACAGAAUCAGUCCUUUUUGUUUAACCCACAUUAUAAAACAAAAGAAAAAAGAAAAGAAAAAAGGUUAACACUGUACAUCACCGCUAAUGGUGCUGUGUAGUGUUUCUAUGUUGUGUAAAGUGGAGUUGGCUGUAUGUGCUCUUCUUCAUGCUUUCAGUCACCUCCUCCUGUUCUGAAGUUGUAGCAGCAUCAACGGGCCAUUGGUGUCAUUAUUAUUCUGUCAUGAGUAAUAAAGAUUUUUGCACAUUU